AUGCAAUGGGAAUUCUCGGCGACUCCAUGCGGGAAUUUCGUCUCAUUUUAUAUCGACUUCUUGGCAAUUUGCUCGUUUUUCACCACCGAGAUUCUAAUCGAUCUAAUUGUUUUAGUGAUAUUCAGUCAAAAAGUGAAACAUUGGCGAAUGACGGGAGGAAAUCAAGAAAAGACGAAUCGUCGAGAGAUGAGAAUGUUCGCACAGUCCUCCCUUGCCUCUCUCGGUUUCGUCUACAUGCUCGUGUCAUUUCAAUUUUUCACCGGCAUGACCACCGACCUUUUCUGGAAAUUUUUCCACACGACAAUCGCUUGGCAACUUUCUCAUUGUACACAAGGAGCGGUAAUCCUCGUGUUGGAGAUUCGGAAAUCAUCCACUCCUCGUCUCAACGGAACAACCAGAACGGUCAUCACAAGCCGAAUCACCCAAAUGCCA